AUGGCCCGAUUUGAUAAUGCCCUUCUGGGGCAUAGGAUAUUCAUCUUUACUGACUUUUGGGUGAAUUGGAAUCCGGAGUGGUUUCCAUACACAAAGUCGCUGUACAUGGGGGUUAGCUGGCGCGGGAAAUAUGCAAAAGACAACAGGAGGGUUAAGCCACCUUCGCAAUGCAUCUACCACCAUGAAGAUGACCCGGUCAAAGACGGGGGAUGGCCGACUGCUAUAUUCACUUUCAUCGAAAGUUGCCAGUCCUGGUAUGAAUGGCUUGUACGGGAAGAACCCGCUGGCGAAGAGGAGCAGUGCCAGGGGAAAGAGAAUAAAGGAGACCAGCGUGGCCGCAUUGGAAGUGAUGAAGCGCAUCCUUGA